AUGAAAAGAUCUAUGAGUGAUAGUAGUAAUAGAAGUAUCACAGGUGCAAUAGGAGCAGGAGUUGGAGGUGGAAGUGGAUUGGGUAAUAGUGGGAUAUUGGCAAUUGUUAUGCAAGAAGGAGUUUUGGAAAAUGGUCAACCUGUUCUAUUCUUUCAUCAAAAUAAUUUACAUAUGUUUAGUCAAAAAAAUAUUUCUAGUGCUUCUUUAAGGAAACAAGAUUUGAAAAAACGUUUAGAAGAAUACAAUAAUAAGAUACUACAAGAUUCAGUUGAUCAACCAAUAUCAAGUACUAACGCUCCACUUUCUUUACCACCUGCCUCAGAAUUUCGCACUUCACUCAUCCUACCACAACUAACCAAAAGGUUUAGUGUACUAAGAAGAGGUGAAAAUAAUAACAAUACUACUGCCAUUACUAAUGCUAGAAAACUUUCAUAUAAUUAUAAUGGAUCUAUUAAUAAUUUUUCACCAUCAACUUCUCCAAAUUACACUCCAACACUUUCAACAAUAAAUAACAAUAUAAGUUUAUUGAGCGGCUCAGCAAUUUAUAAUGAAGAUGAUUCGGGUUUGAAUGAAAUUAGACAAAUUGAUUUUAAAUCGAAAAACCGUGAAUCCGGUUUAUUAGAAAACCCGGCAAAGGAUCGUCCAAAACCUCCCAGAAAUAGACCUCUUUCUAUAACUAAGAUAUCUGGUAAUAAGUGGAAUGAUAAUUCAUCAACCACAAUAUCAAAUAAUAAUCAUUUGGCUUUUACAUCAUCACAACCACCGUCUUCAUCUUCUACUACAGUAUCCACACCCACCGCACCCACCGCUUUUCUUCCACUUCCAUCUCUUGCUCCCCCUUCCAACAAUGGUACUAAUAACGAUGGAAAUGCAACUAAAGUUCCACCGUCACCAUUACCACAUAAUUUGUCAUCACCUUUGAUACGUUCUCCAUUGGAAAAAUUAUCUGAAGAUCAAAUCAUUAACGAAAACCAAGAAGUUAAUAAUAAUAAUUACGUUGUUGAUGGAGAUUCUUCUUCUCCGACUGAUCCAAUGAUAGCAUCAUUUGCGACAUUUUCUAUGGAUUCUUCUAAUAUUGACUAUAACAGCAACAUCAACGACAACAACAAUGACGGUAGAACAUACACUAUGUACUCCAAUAAUAACACAAUUAGAUCAAACACCAUGGAUUCAAAUACUAUCGUAAUGAAUUCUUCAGAUUCUAGUACACUUAGAUCAAACACGCUAGAUUCCAAUGUUAAAAUGUCAAUGAUGUACGACAAUUUCAAAAUAGUCGAAGAUGAUGAGUAUCAAUACAAUAAUCAUCUACAACAAAAAAUGCCAACUACUUCUCAAUUCAACGGCUUUGAUAAUAUCAAUUCUUUUGGUCCUGCUUCAGGCCAUUCAGAUAUUGCUCAUCAAUUGUUAAUAAAAAGAGCAGCUGAGCAGCUAUCUCAACAAGAAUUUUUAUCACAACAAAAUCAAUUACACCAACAAUACAACCAACAAAAUCACCUUUUCUCAUCUACAACAUUAUCAAUGACGACUUCAAAAUCGAUUCCAAUACGUAAAUGGCCAUCUAAAAAAACCAAUUCAAUAAAAAGUAUAUCCGAACCUCAACUUGUUUCCACCUCAUCAAACGUAAAAACCGUUCCUAUAGUACAAUUAGAUCAACACGAUGAUGAUGAAAAUAAUAGAUCUCAUGUUUUCACGAGCGAUAGCAAAUCUUCAAACAAUAAUCUAUCACCUAAAUCGUCAGCUGAGAAUUUGCCUAAAAAAUUCAUUUCAGACGAAAAUCUAAAUAAUCGAUUUGUAUCAUAUAAUAAUGAUAUAUCUAAAAGAAGAGCCUAUAGUACAAGGGAAAACAAUAAACCAAAUGAAAAAUUAAGACAAGAUAUACGAAAUAAAUUGACAUUUAUCAAAGUCGAUGAUGUUGGUGAUAAUUCAUCAGGUCGUCAACCAUUUUAUGAUAUUGACAGUCUUAAAAAACAUGCUGAAAUGGUAACAAGAUAUUCUAAUAACAAAAAAGGUAUUAGCGGUGUUGUCAAUGGACUGAGAUCACGUUCCGCAUCACAAUCUUCACAAUCUGCCGUUUCCGGUAGAGAUUCAUCAUCAUCCACAGAGAAAAAAUCUUUAAAAGAUCGUGAAGAGAAUAAUAAAAUUGAUUCAAAUAAAAUGAAUCAAGAUAAUCAAAUUACUACUGGUUCAGAUAGUAUGCCAAGUAGUCCAGUAUCAUCUUAUAGUCCAGCUAGUACAAUGUCCUCAUUUAGCGACGUCACAUCAGCAGCAUCUUCUCCACCACUAAUUACACCACGUAAUCCACUAAGAAACCCCGCAUCUUUCAAACAACAAAACAAACUAGAUCAAAAAUUGAAUGCAAUCAGUGGUGGCUCAAUUGUUGACCCGCCGAAACGUAAUAAUUCUGCCGGUAGUAGCAAGAGUGGUAUCAGUAGUGAUAAUUAUUCGGAUGUUAGUGAUGACAAAGGAGAAUCAAAAGACUCCCGAAGUGCUAGAUUAUUAUCUAUUUUUAAUAAUAGUCGUAAUAGUGGUGGUAAUGGUGUUGGUGGAAAAACAAAUAGUAAUGAUAACUUAUUAAAGAUUUCAUUACAAAAAUCAAAUAAAGAUUCAAAAUCAGAUGGUGAUAAUGGUGAUAUUAAUGGAGAAAGUCAAGAUAAUAAAAAUGAUAGCAAAUUACGAAAUAAAGUUAUUCGUCGAACCAUCAUCAUCACCAAACCUUUUCUUCCCCCAUUACCCGAAGGCGAUGAUACAAUUGCUUCUUCAACAAAAGAUAACGAUAAAUCGUCUAUUAUGAGUGAAGAUGGUUCUAAUCUUUUGGUUGUUCCAACAUUAAAACCUGCCUCUAAUCGUCCUCCCACACCAAUACCAUCACCAAAUACAAGAGAUAAUGUUAUCAAUACACCUUACAAUAUUCCAAUACCUCCAAUUCCAACAGAUAAGCAAACUCAAAUUAAUACUAGCACCAGCACUGGAUCAAAACGUAUGAGUAAGUCUAGUAUUGCAUCAUCGAAUUCAGGUCGUACGAGGAAAACCAAAAGUGUUUACAGUGAUAACUCCAAUAGUAUGAGAAACGAGAAAAAACAAACUAUUAGUGAUAAUAACAGUGCAAUUAUAAUAUUUAAUGAAGAUGAUGAAGCAGUUGACGAUGAAGAAGUAAACGGAACAGAAGUAGUAGAUGAUUUUGAGCAACAUUCACAUGUUGAAGUACUUGAAAUGGAAGACGGAUCAUAUGUUUGGCAAGUAAUAAACGGUCUUAGAAGUAAUGACAUGGAAGAUCACCACGACUAUUAUUAUUCUGGUGAUGAGUAUGUAUCAAGUUCAGAACUACGGCCUCAAGAUUUCGACUAUAAGAUGGAUGAUGAUCAAGUGUCACAAUUUUCUGAUAUAAAAAAUGGUCAAUUGGAAUAUCACUAUGGUUUUCCAAGUCCUUUACAUUUACCUGGUGUACAACCACGUCAAAAACAACAGCUUCUAACGCCAGAAAAUCCAAAAAAAAUAAUUAUCAAUAACCGUGAUAAUUUCGAUGGUGAUUUCGGUGAUAAUUUUGACGAUAAUCUUGAUGAUGUUAAUAUGCCAAAAACAAACGUUUACUUUGCUAAAGAUGUCACAUUGCCAAAGUUAUUAGAAGAGAUGACAAGAGGUUUAGGCAGUGUUAUUGAUUAUAAUCGAGAUGAUAUGUACAGUGGUGAAUUUGUUACAGGUGAUGUCACUGGAGGAGUUAUUGGCGGCAUGACUGUUGAAGAAAAAUUGGAACAAGUCAUGAGAUCUUUGGGUGUUGAUGAUAAUCUGUAA